AGAGUGGACGGACGAGGCGGGCGGUGGGUGGGCAGCGCAGUUGUUUGCUUGUGAUCAGUGGUCGACAUACAGAUUCACUCUCUCCUCUCUGUCACUCACUCACUAGCGCUGUCUCUUCUGUCUCAUUCUGUUCCUGUAUCAUACCUCUCUUUCUGGAUGUGUGUGUGAAGUGUGGUGAACUAUACAGCCUCUGACUUAACGCCGCCACCUGUGGAAAGACCUGUUGCUUUCUUUGCAUUCUCGUGCUGUGCUUCGUUGUCAUCCUCGCCGUUCCCGUUUGGUGGUGUGCCGGACCCCCCCUGCUGAAGACAAUACGCUCACAGGUCGGCUUUGUUUGCGUGAACGAGUCUCCAGCCUGGCAGUGCGUUACCUAAGUUUACCAAACAAUGAAUGGGGUUUGAGAGCAGUGUACACGAGAGCGUUGGGACUCGACUUUUGAACGCCUCCGCUUGCUCUCCACCACCUACCAUAUCUACGCAUUUACGGGUCCCCUCCUCACCCUGCAGUGAUGUGACCAAGCUCCUCUCUCUCUCUCUCUCUCUCUCUCCUGCAUCUGCGUUAAGCCUCCAGUUAUCGUCCCUCAGCCAAUUGUAAAGAUGACGCCGCGGCCCGGUCUGAAGGAGGAGAUAUCAGGCACCUUUUUCCAGAACCUGGUGACGACAGCCGCCUCUCUGGUGCGCGAGGCUGCCGAACACACCGAUGACUCCUCCAUCUUCACAGACAUGACUGGUGAUGCAGUGGGCAACAUUAGCAGCACCAAUACUCAGGUGUCAGGGAAGGACUUGGGGCGCCACCUGCCGCUGCCUGUGCAAAUCUUCAUCACGGUGCUGUACGUGAUAGGCAUCGUGAGCAAUAUGGCAGCUUUGUGCAUCAUUUCAAGAAGUGAGACACAGCGAUACAGGAAGCAGACGUUCAUGCUUCGGUGUCUGGUUGGAAACGACCUGACGGCACUGCUGGGAAUGCUGGUACAGAUGCAUGUCAGUCUCUACGUCGAGAACCUCAAUGAGAAAUGGCUGUGUGCGUCGAGGGUUGUGUUUCGCGCCUUUGGGCUGGGAUCUGGAUGCGUGGCCCUCGUGAUGGCAGUGGAGCGCUGGCUGGCCCUCACUCAUCCGUUCAUUUAUCCGAGACACGUGACACACUCGGUGAUACGCCGCACCAUCCUCAUCCUGUGGGUGGUGACGCUGAUGAUGGUGUGCGGCCCCUUCGUCGGCUUUGGUCUGUGGUACGAUGAGAGCCUGACGCCCCACUGUGUGCGCUACCGCUUCGGCACUGAGCUGGUGGAUCGCGUAUACGCCUACGUCAUCUUUGCUUACGGCAUGGUGAUGUGCGCUGUGAUCGUCUGCUGCAAUCUAUCCGUCAUCCGCGUGCUGUGUCGCAUGAGGAAACGCCUCCUGCCCCGCCGCCACUCACGCGCCUCCUGCCGCAGCGCCACGUCUACCUCAGGAGAUACAGCAGUCAACCUGGCCACCCCCGAGGAGCUGUCCUUCGCCCGCCUCAUGGCCAUCCUCUCCAUCACCUUCGUCGCCUGCUGGGUGCCGCAACUGAUGACCAUUAUAGCAGGACAAAUCGUCGGCAACAAGCCAGAGUACAAGAACUUCUACAGGAUCCCCGAUAUAUUCAUUCUCCUUAACUUCUGCCUCGACCCGUGUAUGUACGUGCUGUUCCGCCGUAACAGACGCUACGGCAGAAAGCACCUGAGGAAACUGGUUACCUACCUGUGUCCUCACCUCCACAGCUCACCUAGCCGAGGUAUUCUGACCGACUCCCUCCGCUCCUCCUCGCACACCUCACAGAGUAACAAUGGCCCAGCCAAGGGUAGGGGCUACGCCCGGCGAGAUAUGCCUCUAAUUAUGAAGGAGAGUUCAUCGGCAGGCUCACGGUAUCCUCCAACACUUCCGCAAACGAGGAGCAUAUUUCUCAGCAGCUCCUGCGAAUCCCCACCGGCCAGUCCAAGCUGUCUGCAGUCAGUGAGGAGAACCCGCUCUCAGAGGCCAGUGAUAAAAAGCAUGAUCGAUACUAAGUAUUCAGACAGCAGGAUGCUCCUCAGGACCCAGGGAGAAGAAGCAGCUGAGCAGGAGUUUUUGAGACAAGAGGAGCCACUGAAUGUUGUAAUCCACGCAGGAGGUGAUGGUCUCGGGAACACGUAUGUCACCUUCUCCAAGCCUGGAAACUUUGAUGAUACGUCUUGUAACGGGGAUGUCACUGUCAGGAAAACUAAGCGUUGGUCAUUUUGUUAUGGAGAAUUAGACACGUUAGAUGUAAUUCCCAAGAUGAUACGAAGCACAGCCUCGCGGGACGACAUUCAUCUUCUGGGGUCUCGAUACAGCAAGGCGAGGAGACCAACGUGGAUGAAUAGCGACGACCUCAGAAGAUAGAGCCGGCUGUCUCUACCACGUGUUGCACAAAAUACCUUUGUAAACAUGUGUGUCCAAACUGUUCACGGUGCUCUGGGUACUUAGUCCUUUAAGUGAAACGGAGACUGCGAACCACCAAAUGUACAAGUAGUGGGUGGGGGGAGGGGGUAAUGGUUCGAGACUCGGUUAGAAAUUGAGAGAUAAAUAGAGCAUUAAAUGUGGAGCAUUCCUGUUGAGGCAUUACGUAUAGUAAAGCAGGAGCAGCGGGCUCUGCGUCAGGCUAAAACGAUACUAACUUAAGCAUAAAACUAUUAUGAUAAUGUAAAUAGCUUUAUUCUCUCUCUCUCUCUCUCUCUCUCUCUCUCUCUCUCUCUCUCUCUCUCUCUCUCUCUCUCUCUCUCUCUCUCUCUCUCUCUCUCUCUCUCUCUCUCUCUCUCUCUCUCUCUCUCUCUCUCUCUCUCUCUCUCUCUCUCUCUCUCUCUCUCUCUCUCUCUCUCUCUCUCUCUCAAAUGUGUACCUGGACAGUGCUCACUGCAGGCACCCAGUGGGCACGCUAGCGGUAGUCAGUGUGUCGAUGUGCAGCAUGAAUAGAGCGUACACUUUGGUGCCAUAGAGGAAACUCCCUCUAUUCAAUGUAUUGCUAGUCUAGCCGCCCAGAGUGGAGUAGGGCGGAGCGGAGUGGAUUUCUUUUACCCUCGUAAACUUUCAACCCUCUCCACCCCGCCCCCUAAGAAUAAAGAAGCACUCUUG